UAGUUUGCUUCUUAAAAAAGUAACGCUGCUAUGUUCUGUUACCUGCGACUUCUCAAUUGCUAGGGUUUCGCUCAUUAAUUUGUCACUGUCGGAAUUUUCUCUGCUGGUUCUGCAAUUCGGUAACCUAAAUAGGUAAAUUUUCUUUCAUUUUCCCAUCUGAAUUUCAAUUCCUAUGGUUUAUAUUCUUUCUAAAUCAAUCCUCUGUAGAAAAAAUGGGUUCUUCAUCACUACCCAAAACCCAUCAAUCGUACCAUUACUAUCAUCUUGUGUCAGAUACUUAUCAAUGGAUACAAAUCAAAGCUCAGUCAUUGUAUCUUAUCUAAUUAAUUCAUUUGGGUUAUCUCCAGAAUCUGCUUUAUCAAUUUCUAAAUCAGUCAAUUUUGAAAAACCUGGAAAACCUAAUCUGGUACUCUCAUUUUUCAAGAAUUUAGGGUUUUCAGUUCCCCAAAUCUCUAAAAUUAUUAGUAGGUGUCCCACAAUUUUCUUCUCAGACCAGCCUGAGAAAACCAUUUUCCCUAAAGUCGAAUUCUUCCGGUCGAAAGGCGCUUCAUCGGCUGACCUUAUAAAAAUCUUCACAAUUUACCCUUGGCUGUUGAAAAGAAGCUUGGAGAAUCAGUUGGCUCCUUGUUUUGAGUUUUUUAGAGGCUUUCAUCAAUCUGAUGAGAAGACGAUAACUGCGAUUAAACGAUAUCCGAGUAUUCUCUCACGUCGGCUUGAAGCUGAUGUGGUGCCGAAUAUUAAUGUUUUGCGUGAUAAUGGGGUUCCGGCGUCGAAUAUUUUGUUGCUGAUUCAUUAUCAUCCUCAGAAGAUUGGGAUGGAAGCUGAUAAGUUUAGAAAGACUUUUGAGGAUGUGAGGGAAAUGGGGUUUAAUCCGUCGAAGUCGCAGUUUGUUUUAGCGAUUAUUGCGUUGACGGGGACGAGCAGAUCAAUGUGGGAUCGGAAAGUUGAUGCUUAUAAGACGUGGGGUUGGUCGGAUGAGGAUAUUCAUCGAGCCUUUGGGAAGAGUCCGUGGUGUAUGACGCUUUCGGAGGAUAAGAUUAUGGCGGUAAUGGAUUUCUACGUCAACAAACUGGGGUUGGACUCUGCUGUCAUGGUGAAUCGUCCGUUGCUGCUUUCGCUAAGCUUGAAGAAGAGACUCAUUCCAAGAGGUUCAGUUAUUGAAGCUCUAUCGUCUAAAGGUUUGAUCAAAAUAGGUUGUGGUGUAACUAAAUUGUUUGAGUGUACAGAGGAGCAAUUCAUUCAAAAGUGCAUCGAAUGUUAUGAAGAAGCACCUGAGCUAUUGAAGCUGUAUAACGAGAAGUUGGAUCUAUCGAAACAGAUCGGUGAUCAGCAAAGCGGAAGACCACGGCCAGAGAUACCAUUUGGUCUGUUCCGCAAAGCUGUUCAUAGUAGCUAAUAGCUGAUACUUGUGACAGAACUGUAGCUGUUGUAGUGAUCAAUAAUUGUUUAGAUGCCAUGAAAAUCAUAGUUAGGGACUUGCAUUGAUUCUAAUUGAAGAGCACAGACAAUUAGUCUAAGUGAUUGAAGGCAAUUACAAAUUUCAAGUAUAGUUUUUGUUUGCUUGUAUCAUGAGUUUGAAGCUCAUCUUUGAGUAAAGGCAUAUGGUCUAAUAAAAUUAAACAUGGCUAAUUUUUCUCAA